AUUCUUCCAGAUGAAACUAAUAUCAAUGGUUACAGAAUUCCACGACGAAGCAUCUUGAUUGUGAAUUUGUAUACCAUCAACAAUGAUCCUGACAUUUUUCCAGAUCCAAAGCGAUUUGAUCCGAAAAGAUUUUUAGGAGAAAAUAACAAGAAAUUAAAAUUAGUUGGACCUUAUCCCUUUGGGAUAGGCAAACGAUCUUGCAUUGGAGAAUCUCUUGCCCAGAUGGAGGUAUUUCUUAUCAUUGCAUCUUUGCUUCAAAAUUUCACUUUACUACCAGGAGAUGGCAAUGGAACACUAAGAGCUAUUCCAAGGAAUUAAUCAUUGAGAGGUUUUAUAUAAUACGAACAAGGAAAAUCUGAAUGGAUUAUCAAAAACGUUUCUGUAACAAUGAAUACUUCACCUAAAUAAAUAAUACUCUGGAAACAAAUUUUCAUAAGUUAUGAAUGUCUUUUAUGCAAUAAAAUUUACAUUUCAUUUGGGUUA